UUUCGCUAUGGCACCGACGGUAAAUUGCCGUCAGAAAAAUUAUCAAAAAUCCACCUUUCUUACAAAAAUCUGGUGAUUAAAAAUACGGAUAUGACAGAGACGCAAUCGGAGCAGGCAGGGGCCGCAAGUCGGCUGUCCGUUGAAGCGAAGGUUUUCAUUCCCGUCAGUCCCGAGAUGAACGAUGGCUCACCAGCGUGUAGUGAUAUCCCCGAGUACAUGACCAAUUGCUACCCUUUUGUUCAGACGGACCCAUACGCACAGAAUGCCGCUCAAUGGCCAAACCAGCAACCUCAGAGCGGCAGGGGCCGGGGACGAGGCCACAUGCGAGGGGCCCCAGCGGGGCAUUACACCAGCUACGCGUCACCCUACGGAAACUUCCAACCACAGUUCAGCAUAUCGCCUGUGAUAGCACCUGCUGCCCCCUAUCAGCCAGUCCUGGAACCACCGUACCCGAUGAACAUGAAUUUGGCUCCUCCGCAAAUAGGUCAACCGACGCCGUUCACGAACGCCCAAGGAGUUUUCGACGGUGGGCAGGCGUUUUUGGCGGCUUUGAAUCAGAGUUCAGAACCUCAGAAGCGGGGACAGUGGAACUCGAAUAGGGGCGGGGGCUCACGGUCAAAUAGUCGAGGAAGUAGGGGUGGAAGGCGGAAUAAAAACAACAACAACAAAUCAGCAGACAAUCCAGGGAAGGUGAGCGUUGGAAUUCAGAAUGAGGUUAGCGGGCCGGGCGGCGGUAAUAACAAGAAGAAACAGCGAAAAAGGAUCAUCAUUUUGCUGGAUAUUGCCAUACAGACAGACUUCAACGAUGAGAUCGCCAAUCUGACGUUAGCAGAGCGGCCAAACUCAUUAUUUCAAAUAAAAACAAAGCAGAGAGCGCGACGGAAAGCGUCUAAUAUCCCGACGAACACUUCGACCGAUUCGGAAGAGGAGGUCGAUUCGGAUUCCGGAUAUAGCUCUCCGCUUCACCGGCGGAAUCUGACAUCAUCCGGUACUCACCCUGUUAACUCUCUUUUAAGCAUUGUGCCAUCACCUAGUUCAGACUCUACCCAACAGGGUGCGUUUUCAAUAUCGCCGGCCACCAAGGAUAAAAUUUUCAAAAAUCAGACGAGUUUGUUGUUGGAAAUACCCGCUGGUGGGCCACCUGGUGGGAAUAAUGUACAAUAUGUGAAUCCGGUAACUAUAGUGCCAUCUAGUGCGGGUAUAUCAAACUAUAAUUCUGCCCUAUCUGCGGGGGAUGCUAGUGCGUAUGGGAAAAUGUCGUACGCGAGCGCCAUCAAAGCUCCACCUGUGGUGAAAGUGGGUACUAAUUCAAGUGCGAAUAAUAACGUGACGCAGGUUGGUGCGGAAAACGACAAUGAUCUCACAAAGAAGAAGCGGAAACGAAAACGAAACCGGAAACGCAAAAAGAAAAACGGACUCGAAGACGAUGAAAAUACGGAGGAUACUAAUACGCAAAAUCCGGACAUUUCGAAAUCAACAAAACAGGAUCAACCGGAAUCGGAGUUUCACUCGGCGAAUCCGCGUGCGUCGUUUGACGCGCUGACGACAGAAACGGCGCCAUUGCAUUUUGAGGAUGAGAACGAGUUCCCGGGAUUGGGACCGGCCGCGGGUACGGAGCCAAUACGAGCGCUGACCUACAGUGAUAUACUGCAAACGACGAGAUGGCCUUAUGUGUCGCCAGUGGUCCAGAAAGCAUGGCAGAUGAACGAUGAGGAGAAGGCCGCCUGGCGGACAGCUCAGUACGCGGAGAAUGCCAAGUCGGCCGAUGAUCAGGGCAGCGACGAUAGUGGAGAAGGGGAUAAAUCAGCCUCAGCCAAAGAAAACAAAAUCGCACGCAAACGUCGCAAGAGGCGGGAAAUGGCCAACAUCGCCGCGGAGCGAGAACUGAUGGAGAUAUCGUUAGAACAACAAUUCUUGAAGGAGAUCGGCCCCAAGGCAACGAAGGCCACACCUCCACAAAACACGGGGAAGAAAUCAAAACAGCCCAUUGCGUUGAAUAUUGCAGAGAUGAUAAGUGCUCUGGAGAACACCAAAACGAAAAAACCCGAACCAGCCAAAAAGGAAAAAGUCCCAGAAGUUAAGAAGACAGAAUACGAAACAAUCCUGAACGUCCUUGAUGGAGCGGCCCCGCAGAUGAAACGCGGGAAAGAACGGGAAAAUCCCAAGCUGAAGAAGCCGAGUACUCUGAAGAAGGUGAUCCUGAAGGAACGUGAGGAGAAGAAGAAGGCACGAUUGUUCGAGGAUCCGGAGAUGGUCAACCCAGAUUAUACCGGGAUACCGAUGGGGGAGGAUUUCUCACAGGAAGUGAAAGAUGGCGCCGUAGAGGAAGACAUCAAGGACAUGUCUUACCGGAAUAGCAAAAAGUCCCUUAGCUCAAUGAAGAAGAUGAUUCUGACGGAGAGACGACGUGCUGGUAUUCUCAAGGGCGUCGACUCUGACAUCCUCGUCUAUCCGUGUUACGGCUAUUUAAAACUCGGCGAUCCGCAGAACAACUUCGAGGACGCCGCACCUGUUAACCCGUAUCUUACUGGUUUCUGGGUCUCCUGCAAUGGGCCGGGCAGUAACGGUGAUCUAUCGCAGGACACUGGUUUAGCCUACGGUAUGAGUUCGAAGACAUCUGAUAUGUUCACGCCAGCCAGUAAUGACAUGUCUCCAAUUUCACAAAAUUCGCCGAUCAGCAUGAGCCCACUGUCGCCCGGAUCGCCACUGAGUUCAGGGGUGAACUCUCCGAUUGCUGGAGGCCUGAAUCUAACCAAGUCAUCGGCGGCAUUGAAACUCCACAGUCGACGAUUUAGAGAGUACUGUAACCAGGUGAUAGACAAGGACAUUGAUGACUGCUGUACCCUCCUGCUACAAGACCUCGUUCGAUUCCAAGACCGUCUCUACCACAAAGAUCCCGUCAAAGCCAAGUCGAAACGCCGUAUCGUUCUCGGUCUUCGUGAAGUCGCCAAACAUCUCAAGUUGAAGAAAAUCAAAUUUGUGAUUAUUUCGCCGAACAUGGAGCGAGUUAAAGCGAAAGGAGGCCUUGACGAUGCCCUAAACAACAUCAUCCACAUGUGUACUGAACAGGAGGUGCCAUUUGUCUUUGCCCUCGGCCGUCGGGCCUUGGGGCGGGCGUGCGCCAAGCUCGUGCCUGUCAGCGUCGCUGGAGUUUUCAAUUACGAAGGUUCGGAGGAAAACUUCCACAAGCUCAUGGAACUGACAAAAGAUGCGCGUCAGCAGUACGCGAAGAUGGUCAAAGAGAUGGAGGCUGAGGAGGUACAUCACUUGAAGAACCUCUGUAAUCAACCUGUUUACGCCCACAUGGGUCACUCUCGUACCCCCUCAGGCUGCAGCGGCAUAUCGUUCGCGAGUUCCUUACUGUCGGAGCCGAUAUCUGAAAACGACAACGACUAUGAUGUCAGGAAAGUGGACGACAAGAGCCCGAGUUUGCUUGCGCCGAAAGAUCGCCGUCAGUACCUGACACAUUCACGUAACUCGAGUCUCGGGAAGGUUUCGAUCGCUGAAUCGAUCGACGAAGGGAAUGAAGCAGACACGGAGGAAUUGAACGACGCCAUGUUGAAACACAUGAAUAUCAUUCUGGAUAAAGACGACCCGCUGAAUUCGAAAAUCGACUCGAAGAUUGAUUUGGUGAAUUCUGGGAAGUUAGAUGGCGAAAGUGGCGAUGUUAAGCAGGACACCCUGAAAGUGAAAUCGGGGAGUUUGAGUUGUUUUAAAGAGGACACUGGUGGCGCCACUGAGGAGUUUGAUGACAAUGAUAACGACACGGUCGAGGAGUUACCGCAUAUUGACUCCAUUCAUAAUUUAUGCGGAUUGGACAAUAACACUGAGAUGCUCUCGCAGCAUUCGGAAGUCUUGUCGACACAUUCAUCAAAAACUCUCGGGGCCACGACCCCGAUAAAGGGGAGCACCACACCCGUUGACCAUCAUUCCGACCCCGAACUGACCCCACUGAGCCUGACCCAACGAAUCAAAUCACUGGAUAAGGAACGUAUUGAGUCGUGGGUUGAGGAGGCGAAAACGUGCAUUCAAGAUCUGAAAAUAUCAGAGAGUGACAGUGAGUUGACAGUGGGGGAGGGGACUGAUGUGGAUUCUUGAGGGAGGGGUUGUGAUUGUUAGGAGAGCCAAUGGUACAUUUGAGGAUGUACUUCAAAUACUGAGGAGGCUGUUCCAUUGAUUGUUUUCAUUCCUGUGUAUUCGCUUGGAAAACAGAGAUGGAUAAAUGAGAGGGAAGGCUUGUAUGUGUUGGAACAGCGGUUUGAUCACACGAUGCUGUACUUCAAUACGUAAUCAGGCUGUUCCACCUAUUGUUCUCCUACCCUUGGUUUAAGCUUGUAAUUUGGACUAGACAGAUCUGAAGUGGUGUUUUUGGUGAAGAGAACUAAAAUGCAUUAUGAGGGAGGGAUUUUGCUUGAUGGAACAGCCUCUGAAGUGCUCCAAUUUAGCGAUAAAACAACUGUCUGGUCUUUCUCUCAGUGACAAUGAAUUUGGCAAGUCUGCCCAGAUUCCCAUAGAAAUUCUUAUCACUAUUUUUAUCACGAUUAUUUAAUUUUCAAUGUAGAUAAAUGUUCAGUUUUACAUUGCUGCGCUUGUUUUGAAUUAUGAAUACUGCAUGGGUCCGAUUGUCUUGUGAGAAGACGCCAAUGUUCGCCUGGAACUGGAGUUAUUGAGUUCACCAAAAAGACUGCUUUCUGAUUCUCAAAUUGCCAAACAGCAAAAAUAGUUUUCGUCGCUAAAAUUGGUACCGUCCACUGGACAAACAUUGUGAUAGAAGAUAAUAUUGAUACGUAGGAGGGAGUUUUGUUGUUGGAACAGCCGUUGCUGUGCUUAGUCACAUGUGCACCAAUGAUGAGAAGCUGUUCCAUCAUUUGGUCACGUUCCCUGUUGUUGAUCUGGGGAAGAGGUUUGAUAAAUCGAACAGCCUCUUUGGUAUAGUUGUGUAUACUCAUCAAGUGGUUUAAUGCCGUUCAAUCAGUUGUUCUUCUCCCCUUGUCUUAGUAGAUAAUAUUGAUUUGUGUGUUUUAUUUAUUCAGUCACUCUCAACUAGACUUGAGCUGUUCAUAUUUUAGUUUGGUGCUCAAAAACUCUAAACGGUCUUCUGGCGAGUGUCUAUGAUUCAAACCGUCAUGGCGGCUUGCUUGAUAAUAAUUCCAGCAAUUUUUCCUGUCUCCGUGAAGGUGUCCAUCCAAUCGGGGGAAAAAACCCUCUUAUUCAUCCUAGACUUCCUAGUUUAUUUAUCCCAGCCUUCCAACCCUUGAAUAAGAAAAUGGACCAAUCAAUUGAUCAGUUUAGCACUGUGAUGGGAGGUCCUAUUUUAUCAAAAGGGGGGUAAUUGUUGAGAAAGUGACACACAUCCGAAUAAUAAUUCAUUGCUUUGAAAACUAAAAAAGGUAUCUAACGACAAUAAAAUGAUGGUAGGUUCAAAUCAAAUGCCAGGAAUAACGCUGCCUUGAUAGCAUGGGAAUGAAUUUACAGACGGACAUAUGUGCCACCUUCUCAACAGUUGCCACUUGGAUGCUGGUCUAGUUCUUAUAGCUAUAUCUUUCAGUAGUCUGUUGUAGGUUUUCGUGAUUUUAUUUUACAGAAUGUCCCAAAAAAAAUAUGUUAAUUGUGCACUUAUACAGUACAGGGUGUGGCAAAAAAUAUCUUGCAGUGCUGGUUUGCUUGAAUGGUGUUUGCAGUACCGUUGACAUGAAGUCCUGACGCUACUAUUGAAAUGUAUUUCACUGAAGGAGAUAUGGGCUCGUGUUUAUCUCGAACACCCAUUAAGCAACUGGGUCCAGACAGAUGACACGAGUUAUAGUAGUAUGCUGACAGACACAUGAUCGAGAGGGCAUGGGUUUGAUUCUAAAGUUAUCCUUGCCAUGUUGUGAUCGUUUGUGGGAUUUUUUGUGACACCCUGUAAGUCUUAAACAGCCAAUACUCAAUGUUCAUAUCACUCGACUCAAGUGUCACUAGGCCCUGUCAUCUCGGUCACAGUGGCGAGGCAAUUUGUAAAUCGUCUGUUUUAUAGGGUGUUAUACGUCUACAGAUUUCACAAAUAACCUCAACUUGAUAAAAUAUGUUUUCCGCGGGCGGGGGGUCAACGCACAUACAUUUACCCCCAAAUUGUGGGAGUGGAGGGGCUGGGGGUAUAUGAUGUUAGCAUCAACGUCACAGUGGAUUGGUUGUGGAUCAUUGUCAGACCACAAACAAGUAGGCCUACUUGGGUUCCUCCUGAUCUAGUAGGUCAAUUCCCCCCCCCUCACAGUUGUCAUCUUUCUAUAAAUUAUUUUUAGGUUACUUGGUUUGUUGUGUUUGUAGAUUUAGGAAUUUUUGUCGUUUCUUUUCAACAUAUUACGUCUGAUCAACUGGGAUCAUUUUCAAACCAACACGGAAAAAAACUGGAGUAGCAUUUUCGAGUAGAUGAUUAAUCAUCCUUUGCUGUUGGCUUUACCUCAAUUGACGCUGCUUUCUAUGUCUAUAACUCACCCUGGAGAAUCGGCAGCCACCGCUCCGAGGGCUGCCACCUCUCUGAGUCUUAUCUACUCUCCGAGUGAAUCAAGCCUCAUAUGGAAGCCAACCCGUAACUCCUUUGGUGUCCUGGCAAAGCCAGGCCAAACUGUAAGGGUCCAGUUCAAAGUUAGACUUCAAUUUGUAGCUGGAUUCACUCGAAGAGGUGGUUACCCUUACCUCGUAGAUGUGGGCACCACUCGGAGAGCGUGUUGCCAAUUCCCCAGCGUGGAGCUUCUGGAUAAAUUUUAUAAAAGGCAAUUCAAAUUACAUGUAGCUAUGAAAAUUUGACAGCCUGGGCACAUGCUUCAAAUUUAAUAUAAAAUCUAUGUUUAGUGGACACGUGUGUGAUAUUAUAGUCAAAAUAUACAACUUUAUCAAAAAAAUGUGCAAAAUGCCACAGUAUUUGGCCAAGGUUGUCCAAAGACUCAUUUUCAGUCAAAUGCUAUAAAGUGUCUAAAUAUAGUUAUUACGUUUUUCCUGUACUAUUAAGUUUUGUGUAUGAUGUACAACCCUACGUGUUGAUAAUUUGUGAUGAGGAUGAAUUGGAAACGCUGCUUAUGAAAACAGAAACAGUUAAUAUGCAUACUUCGUGGUACGGAAUAAAUUUCAGGCCAUAAAUGUCUGCAGAUUGCGACUUUCAAUCGCCCAAUUUGACGGGCGUUGUUUUUUCGCUGAUUUCAUGAAUAAUUGCGAUGUGCGCAAAUAAAAAUUGCCAAAUUUUUUUUUGAUUGGAAAAACUGAAAGAAGUCAUGUACUUUGCCAAAUAAAAAUUAUAAAAUCUUGAGGUUUGUUACAAAUUUUUAGAAAAGGGUGUAAAAAUUUUGCGAUUUAUUGUGAAGCUUGCAGGUUGUAGCUGUUUAUACUUCAGUCCUGAGUUUCAGAGUACGGGUUGUCUCAAAAAACAUGCGAGGAUGGAGCUGAAAUGUCGACCUAAACCAAGGGUCUUGCUAAGGCUGUUUGGGACAAAAGGACAGCUCCAUCUGGGCAGUGUUUGGUAAGGGGAGCUUUUUCGACAGUGAGGUAUCAAUUUCUAUUGUAAAACAACGCAACCUACAUUGAAAAUUGCAGUCGGACAGUAAAAACAACAUGAACUGUGCUUAGCAUAAUUAUCCAUUAUUUAUGAAUGAAUUAAUAUACUAAUGAGAAAAGAAGGAAUGAAAUGAUAUUCGAGUUAUUUUCCAUACUACCGUUACUGGAUGUGACAUAACUUGAUGUGACCUGCCUGGACUUUAAUAUCUGUGCAUCUCGGAUUUAGAAUUUUGUGAUGCCUUGUUCAUUUUCCAAUAUUUAUUGUUUAUUUAUUUCACGCAGCCAAGUUGUCAUCAAGGUCUUAUCAUGUGACUUUUGCGGAAGUAUUCUAAAAAGCCCUUUUUGUCGGCCAUUUUGGUUGCGAAAAUAGUCGUGUAUGCCAUGGCACAGAAACAAGGAAGUCAUACCCUCAAAUGUUGAGACUUCAAUUUUGACCAAAUUGUGGGGUUAUCUAUCAACCCUUUCACCCCUUAGGUCAAAAAUGGACUUUUCAGUGCAUUGGAUUUAUUUAGUAUCGGGACAAGUCCAUUUUUGACCAGGGUAACCUUGUGCUUUGUCAGCAAUUUCUGACGCAAGCUCGAAACAAGGGAGGGUGUUCAGUCAGCGGGACAGCCAAAACACAUGUUGAAAGUUGUAUUUGGCCCUGGGUAGGCUGUUCUGUCUUUGAUUUUCAUUCCUUAGUGUAGGUAGAUUGUGUUUCUCAGACACUCAUCACAAAGGUAAAUAGAAUAUAUGUCAAUCAAACUUGGUUGCACAGGGUGUUACGAAAUCAUGCAGACAAUUUGCCUUUUGAUAAAUAUAGGGCAUUGUAGGAUUUUAUAUGGAAAAUUGUCUUGAUUUGUGAUAUAUAGACUGCUUCUUGUGGAAAUCAUGGUCCGUGUUGCAAGAUAUGUCGGUUGUUGUCAGUGGAUUCUUAUUGGCUUAAAAACCUUCUCAAGGCGACGUUUGUGAAAAGUCGCUCUAGAUUCGACCCGAACCAAUUGUUAUUAAAAAGCGCAUCACAAACAAGCAAUUGGUAUUGCCCGCCAUCUACCCGCUAUUUUCUCUGAAGCAGCCAUUCACUUAAUAAGCGAAUAUUUGAGUUUCACAUGGUGAUUGCUGCAAUCAAAUUGGUUGCCCUCUCCCCCUAUUGCUAGUUUCUGGAACUAGUAAGUGGAUCUGACACCAGUACAAUCAUGUGACAAUACUGUAAAACACCAAGUAUUUGCGUGGAUUUAUUUUGGCAAUUCACACCAAAAAUUUCAAAGUUUAAUCUGGGUUGAUUAAAACAUAAUGUAAUCUCUUCUAGUUUUCCAAUCAAAAAAACGUCUUUUGCAAUUUUUAGUUUCACGAUGCUACAAUGCAGAUCAUUUGCAAAAUUUGCGAAAAAUAAAUCAUGCACGAGGAUUUGGUGGCCUACGGAAUGGCAGUCUGUAAUAAUUAUGCACUUCACAAACUGUACAUGUACAUGUAUGUCACAACUACAGUGAAACCUCCCUUAGCAGACACCUCUCUAUUAAGUACAACCUCUCUAUUAAGGACACUAAUUUUGGUCCCUAAUUGGUUGUUUCCUUUCAGUUUGACCUCUCUAAUCAGGACACCUCUCUAUAAAGGACAGCAGUUGUCGGUCCCGAUGGUGUCCUUAAUAGGGAGGUUCUACUGUAUCUGAGGCAUUGUUCUGUUAUGACUGUAGUUUCACAUUGGCUGUUGAAAACCUUAAUUGUGUAGAGCUGCCACCUGUUGGUCGAAUGUGGAAGUAACCUCGCUGGCUUUGCAUGUCAGGCAGAGUUUAUGUCUAGAAGAUUGUACACAAUAAACGAAGAAAUUGCAUUA